AUGCUCCGUCCUCUUCGUCAGCUUCCUGUGACCUUCUGGACCACAUUUCUUCCAUUCCAACUACACCAUGAUCUUCUAUAUCAUCAUGCAAUCCAUUUGAAUCCCUUACGAGCUUCUACUUCGUUCUACAUCCAAAGUUAUACCACGCAAACCUCCCGCAUCCGAGGACGUACCGUGUUGAAUCUUCCUGUCGAGCGAGAACGUGUGCAAUGGCCAUCGGACUUGGCGCAGCGUGUUCAUCGUCGUAUGCGUAAUUUUCCACGUAAUUAUGAAGUCAAAGAGCUUGUUAUUGAAGCAGGAAUGAAUCCCGCCGAGUGGACAGUCGCCGCCUCAUCAUUUCGUAAAUCUCUGCUCGCGGAACCUUUUCAAUACUUUGAAAACCAGACAGAACUCUUGGCCUUUGGACGAGACUUGGACAAUGUAAAGCGAUAUAACUCGUUUAUCUUUUAUCCUUAUUUUCUAGACUAUGCCAAGGCAAAGAACUACUUGACAAGGGAUUCCGAUAAUGCCAAUGCAUUGUCACUUCAACAGAUUACAGAUUUGAGAUUACCACAUGAAAUGUAUCCAUUUGCAACGGCCAUGAAGCGACGGAUUAUUUACCAUGAAGGACCGACUAAUAGUGGCAAGACGUACGAGGCUCUGGAGAGAUUAAAACAAGCAAAAGAAGAUGGAGGUAUUUAUUGUGGCCCGCUACGUCUAUUGGCACUUGAAGUGUUUGAACGAAUGAAUACGCACGGAAUUUACACGUCAUUGGUGACGGGACAGGAGAAGAAAAUGAUUCCGUACUCGACGCAUGUGUCGUGCACGGUGGAAAUGGCAAAUAUUACUCGACCAUGGGAUGUUGCUGUAAUUGAUGAGAUUCAGCUGAUUGGAGAUCCACAACGAGGGUGGGCGUGGACUCGUGCGCUUUUUGGACUCCAAGCCAAGGAAAUCCACGUUUGUGGGUCAGGUGAAGCUGUGCAUCUUGUCAAAAAGUUUGCCGAGACUGCUGGAGAUGACUUUGAGCUGCGUUCGUACGAGCGCCGCUCGCCGUUAGAGAUUUCUGCAACUCAUUUGAAAACUUACAGCCAAAUUCGCCCUGGGGACUGUGUCGUGGCGUUUUCACGUCGUGAUAUCUUCCAGAUCAAGCGUGACAUCGAAAUCAAGACGGGGGAAAAGUGCUGCAUCAUUUACGGCCAGCUUCCUCCUGAGACGCGGUCACAGCAGGCUCGAUUGUUCAAUGAACGUGGCAAUGCCUACAAUAUUCUGGUUGCUUCUGAUGCGAUUGGUAUGGGAUUAAACUUGAACAUCAGGCGCAUUGUGUUUGCAACAGUGAAGAAGUAUUCGGGUAACAGCGGCGGCAUGAUUGACAUUCCACCUUCUCUGGCCAAACAGAUUGCUGGGCGUGCGGGUCGGUAUGGUAGCGACUUUGCUUCUGGUGAGGCGACAUGUCUGCUUGAAGAGGACUUGAAGUAUUUGAAAGAGUCGUACGACGAGGUACCAACUCCGCUCAAGUCUGCAGGUUUGUUUCCGUCUUCUGAGCAGAUGGAAGAGUUUGCCAAGCAACUGCCAGGAAUCACGGAUCUUGCUGACCUCGUGGACAAGUACGUGAUGUUAGCACGUUUGGAUGGUGACUACUUUAUGUGCAAUCAUCAAGAUAUGAAAGAUGCUGCAACGCUGCUACGUGACACGGAGCUAUCACUUUCAGACCGGUUCACGUUCUGUAUGUCUCCUGUGAGUCUACGAAAUUCUCUGGCUCGUAAGGUUUUUCUUGAGUAUGCGCGUGCUCACUCGUUGGGUCAACGUGUCAAGCUGGAUAUCUACUUACCGAAAUAUCCACCUCGCACUGCAGAGGCACUGGGUGACAUUGAGAUUAAGGCCAAGAUCGUUGACUUGUACCUGUGGUUGUCAUUCCGCUUCCAAGAUACUUUUGUUGAGAAUGAUGUGGCGUUGGAAGUAAAGUCAAAAGUGUUAGAGCUCGUGGAACAAGGACUUGUCAACACUACGUACAACCGCGAGGAAGCAAAAACGCAAUGGUCCAGUGGUGCCGCCAAUGGCCGCCGUUUUCCUCGCCGCAGUCAUUUUGACAGUAACAAUCGCUUUCGAAAGCACGAUAACAUGGACAAUCGACCAAAGUCUCGACUUGACAACUCAAACGGACAGACACAAGGUUUGACAAGACGAGAUGCGACUGCAGAUGUCAAGUCUAAUACUGAAAGUGUGGUCAACAUUGUCCAGAAUGGCAAGGAUGAGACUGACAGUGGUAAAACGUCGUGGAUUGCACGAUUAUUUGGUCGCUAG